GAGUAUAAUGCAUUAGCUUUACUAUAAAUUUCAAUGAUGUCGUCUAAUGAAAUAAUGUCAAAGAAUGAGCAUAAAUAGAUACUGUAAAGAAAUCAGUUUUAGCAUUCAUAUUACAGGCAGGCAUAUAUACUAAUUUUAACACCUGAUUGGCCAAGCAAAUAUUUGGAGAAAAAAAAUUUUGCUUAGGCCUACAAUGACUGUCCAUAUACAAAAAAUUCUCAUAGUAAUUUAAAAAUAUGCCUUAAUGCCCCCACUUGAAAUUCUGAUUAAGAAAAUAUUGCUAUUAUUCAAAACAUGGGAGGAUGAGUACGAAGACAAGUGUGAGUAACAUUAAUAACAACGUCUUAUUUCAGUGGUUUUUUAGCCCCAUUAAUUCACCAAAAUCACUUUGCAUGCACACAAAUAAAUUAACAUACAGGAAACAAAAUACAUAUCUGUACCCAUAAAACCUAAUAUAUACCUUUUUUAAAAAAUAGAUUUAUAAUAUUUAACUUUUUUUAAGGUAGGCUUAAUAUUUAAAAUGGAUGGUUUAUUUUCAAUUGGAGAAGAAAUUCAGUUUUCUGACGAGGAUGAGGAACAAAAUGGUGUUGUAGGUCAUGAAUCUGCAAACCCAAUAGCAACCACAAAUAAUGAAUCUUCUCUUCAUUUCGAUGAUAGUACAAGCUCUUUAAAAGAGAAAAUGAUGCCAGAAAAAAGUCAGAAGCUUUAUUCUUUUAAUUCAGAUAUAAAUAGACAGAAAGAUUUACCUGAAGAUUUGUUUACUAAUGAAAGUGAUGAUUUCUUUUCACAAAUUGAUAUACCAUUACUUGGAAGCAAGUGUGUUAAAUCAUCUAACAGCAGCUUACAGAAUAAAUGCAGAGAUAUGUUCAGAAAAUCUGUAUGCAAAAAUAUUAUUAAUACUGUCUCACAUAAUAAACCCACUUCAAGUGAAGUGCAUAAUAGUGACUUUUAUUCAAUUCCAUUUAAAAAAAAGUUCAAACUUUCAAAUUCAGUUGAUGUAGAAAGAAAUAAAGAGCAGAAUGUUUGUUUCAGCCCCACAGUGUCCAGACUUUGUUCGCCUUAUGUUAAAAACAAAGCUGCUAAGCCUUCAAAAGAUAUGUAUUCAUUGGACACAAGAAAAAAAGUAACCGAUGUUAAUGAAAAAGAAAAACCUGUAAGAAAGUCCUCAAGAAAGCAAAGGAAAUUUCCUGGGCCUGCAGGUGUUUUGCCAAAAAUAAACAACAUGAAUAAUAUAAAUUUGUUAAAGUCUCCAGAACACUCAGGAAAACAGAGAUGUUUAACUCCCUGUACGCCAAAAACUCCUGUUCCACCUUUGUUAACGUCUUCGCAAGAUGAUGAUUUUUCACAGUCAACCUGGCAAGAAGUCCUUUUUUAUACAAGAAAUACAUUUCCACAAACAUCCAUUGUUAAAAUAGCAUCAGUAAUAAACAAAGCUAAUAAGAAUGAAUUAAUAAAAGGAAAAGUUGUUUUGCUUUGCGCUUUGAUAAAAUCAUUCUCAAUAACUGGCUCCUGUGGUAGAUUAUUGUUAAAAGAUCCUACUGGUGAAAUAGAUGGAACUGUUCAUAAACAUGUUUUGGAAGAGUUUGAGCCUGUGCUUAAACAAGGAAGUGGCAUUAUUUUAAAAGAUGUUUCAGUUUUUAGUCCAUCUCCAAAAAAACACUAUGUUAACGUGACUCCAGUAAAUAUUGUUCAUAUUUUUGCCACAAAUGCAACAGAUAGUCUAAAUCAUACAUAUCUUGAUUUCCAAGAUGAGAAAGAAAACAGUUAUUGUAGCCGUCUGUUUUCUCAAGACAAUAGCAACAGAGAAAUAUCUGAUCAAGCUAGUUAUAUCAACCGUGAAAUUGAAAAUAUGCUGGAUGAUGAAUUUGAAAACUUUUUUUCGGAUGACAUUGAUUUAGCUGGAGAAAUGUAAAUUUGUUUUCAUGUAAAUAUUUGUAUAUAUGUUAUAUUAUUAUAAAAUUAUAUUUUUACUGUGUUGUGUUAAGUUUUUAUCAUUUUUAUCUGUGCUUUAAAAUUAUUUUUUUUAAUUAUGUA